AGGUUUCCGUGGGCUGCGAGAUUAAGUCCGCAGUCACGUAAUCUAUAUCGAGCGGCUACUCCAACUUACCGGCUUGAUGGUACACCAGAGCGAGCUAAAUGGCAUCAUCAGUUACUGAGAGCUCUCUCCGUCUCCUCGCGUCACUUGGAGGAGUGUUGUCCGAGUUUCUUUUCCUGAGCUUCGUUCUGGGACAAAGAUGGAGGAGAUGAUGAGAAGGAGGAUGAUGCGCUUCAAGCUACCAUCGACAAGAGCAAAAAGUUUCUUGAUAUGCAAAGAAACCUCCUUCUGCAGAUUGCUGGUCUCAUCUAUAAAAGACACCACUCCUAACUUGGAUCAUGCAAAACCUUCUGCCAAUGAAGACUAUGGCUCUUCUUCUUCUGUGAGUGCAAAUACUGAUGCAAUUAAGAAAGAGGAGAAUGGAAACGGUCGUGCUAGCUCAAGCAGUUAUGGCAAGUCAUCUUUGAACAAAGAACCAGAAGUUAACAAGACUUCUCCUCUCGGUACCACACCCCUGGACCUGGAGAGAAGCAAACAAAGCUCAGCCUCUUCCCCGGCAACCUCUCCUGAGAAAGAGAAACCAUCCGGUGUUUCUGCCAGUCGUGGGAAACCUUGGUCUAGCGUUGUAGUAGACUCCAGUGUAGAUCCAUCUUCUGCUCUGACCUCUUCUAAGAAAACUUCUGAUCCUGUAACUCCCCCUGGAAAUCCGAGUAAAUCUCCCGCUGGUGCGUUUCCACUACCCUCUUACCUUACUAAAACACAUGAAACAUCAACUAUAAAGACCGAGGAGUACAUGGAAACCAAAGAGGAAAAAACACAUGAAGAAUCCACUAGUGAUACUAAUGAACCUGCGAGGGACGAAGAGAAGCCACCUCCACUGGCUGGACCAAAUGUCAUGAAUGUGAUACUGGUAGCAGCAGAGUGUGCUCCAUUUUCCAAAACAGGUGGCCUUGGAGAUGUAGCAGACGCUUUGCUAAAGGCUUUGGCUCCGCGUGGACAUAGGGUUAUGGUUGUGGUUCCUCGGUAUGCAGAGUAUGAGGAAGCCAAAGAUGUAGGGGUACGGAAGAGAUAUAAGGUGGACGGGCAGGAUAUGGAAGUAAUGUACUUCCAUGCAUACAUCGAUGGUGUGGAUUUUGUUUUCAUUGAUAGCCCUGUGUUCCGGCAUCUCAGUAAUAACAUUUACUGUGGAAACCGACUUGAUAUUUUGAAGCGGAUGGUCUUUUUUUUUUUUGAAAGAAUUUUAAAUUUAUUCACUUCAAAAAAAUUUUGUACAAGCUAUGCUAUUUUCUAUUUAUUUUGCAAAGCCGCUGUUGAGGUAAAACCUCUUCUCCCCAAUAUCAUAAUUUUGCUUUCUCCUUAUACCAGUUUUGGUUUCUGUGUCCAGGUUCCUUGGUAUGUUCCUUGUGGAGGUGUUUGCUAUGGAGAUCACGGAUUAAUGAAAUACACACGUUCAGUUCUUGUAAUCCACAACAUUGCUCACCAGGGUAGGGGACCGGUAGAUGAUUUCUCAUACGUGGAUUUGCCGGGGCACUACUUGGACAGCUUCAAGCUGUACGACCCUGUGGGAGGAGAGCACUUCAACAUUUUCGCGGCUGGUCUUAAAGCUGCGGAUAGAGUUCUCACCGUUAGCCAUGGAUACUCUUGGGAGGUUAAGACCUUAGAAGGAGGCUGGGGUCUUCACAACAUCAUAAGCGAAAACGACUGGAAGUUUAGAGGCAUUGUGAACGGUAUCGACACAAAAGAAUGGAACCCAAAAUCUGAUAUUCACUUGCACUCUGAUGACUACACAAACUAUUCCUUGGAGACUCUUCACAUCGGCAAGCCUCAAUGCAAAGCUGCGUUACAGAGAGAGCUCGGUUUACCUGUUAGACCGGACGUUCCUCUGAUCGGUUUUAUCGGAAGAUUGGAUCACCAGAAAGGUGUUGAUCUGAUAGCUGAGGCGGUUCCGUGGAUGAUGAGUCAGGAUGUUCAGCUGGUUAUGUUAGGCACAGGGCGACCUGAUCUCGAAGAAGUCCUCAGACGAAUGGAGCAUCAUGACAGGGACAAAGCACGUGGAUGGGUUGGUUUCUCGGUUAGAACAGCUCACAGGAUAACAGCUGGUGCUGACGUUCUGCUUAUGCCUUCGAGGUUCGAACCGUGCGGUUUAAACCAGCUUUACGCGAUGAAGUAUGGAACCGUUCCGGUGGUCCAUGCGGUUGGAGGGCUGAGGGAUACGGUUCAGCAGUUUGAUCCGUAUAGUGAAACUGGUCUUGGGUGGACGUUUGAUAGUGCGGAAGCAGGUAAGCUGAUUCAUGCUUUGGGAAACUGUUUGUUGACGUAUAGAGAGUAUAAGGAGAGCUGGGAAGGGCUUCAGAGAAGAGGGAUGACUCAAGAUUUGAGUUGGGAUAAUGCUGCUGAGAAGUAUGAAGAAGUUCUUGUUGCUGCUAAGUAUCACUGGUGAGAGUUAAUAAUAAAAGUUCUUUUUUUUGUCUUUUACUGUCUGUAAAGAGUCUGUCUUUUGGAAUUGUUAAGAAGCAUAGUUGUGUAGAUUUUGUGAAAGCUUGGCAAAUUAGCAUGCUUUGUAAGCU